CUAGUCGAAUAGCGAUGACUGAUCAAAUAGCAGUGACUGAUCAUCGAAUAGCAAUGACUAGUCGAAUAGCAGUGACUGAUCGAAUAGCAAGACUGGUCGAAUAGCGAUGACUGAUCAUCGAAUAGCAAUGACUAGUCGAAUAGGAUGACUGAUCGAAUAGCAAUGACAGAUUAAAAAUAAACAUGCAUGCAUGCUGCGGGGAAAACUGCAUCCUAAGCAAACUGGGUGGGUAGGGGGUCUGCAUAGCGUUGGUAAACCUGCGAAGAAUUGGUUCAGGUUUAUCGAAGAGCAUUUAUAGAGCUCUGAAUCAUCAAAGCCUUAUGGACACCUGAGAUGUGGCAUCGAGGCAAUCUUGACGGGGGAAUUCGCUAAUCAGGGUACGCCGAAUGGUUUCUCCUAUAAUAAAGGAAAAUAUUACAAAAAUAGUUUUCGAAUCUGAAUAAUUUACUGGAGUUGCAUUCUUUGAUACAGUCAAAUUUCAAUGAGUUAGUCUUCUGCACUUCAGUAAUUUUUUGCCACUUCCAAAUCUAAGAAUUUUACGUCUACGAUAAAAGAUAUGAGCACCUCUUCUGGGUAAUGGUGUUGAGACAUUACGUAACUAGGUUUAUUUUGAACCUUACUUAUCAAUCGCUUAAAAUAGGCUGGGAAUGCUGUUUACUGUGAUUUAGUUAAUCGCCUUCCAUGGCAACUGCUUCGUAGUUUGCUUUGAGGGGGCUCUUGUCAGCAAGGGAUGAUGUAAAGAUGCUAAAAUUACCUUAGAAAAAUCGUAUAAAUAGGAAGUCAUAUGUGGCAUUGUUUAGGAGUCAUUUUAGAGCGGAAAAACUGCUAGUACUUUACUGAGUAAGUUUUAUUUUAACAUUCAUUUAAACGGUAAAAAUCAUUUUCGAAAUAAGAUGAAAAGAUCAAGUUUGGUUUGGGAAUAUUUUGCAAAAAUAGACGAAAAACAAGUUAAGUGUAAGCUGUGCGAAGAUCGUCUUAGUUAUCGUGGUGGAACAAGUUCCAUGUUAUCACAUGUCCGCAGCAAACACCCAACAGUGUGUCAACCUCAACAACAAAACGUCCAGAUUCCAACUUCUAAUCAGCCUCCAUCCCGAGAUUCCGCAUCAGCCUCAGCUGUCCAAAGUAGCCAACAUGUACCGAAAAAUCAGCAAACAAUGACAAACUACAUGAUUGGGCAACGAAAGUGUAACUCUGAUAUGAUGCCAACUUACAUGGUUGAGGGUAAAGGCUUUCGUCAAUUUAUGGGUUUUAUUGAGCCAGACUAUAAAGUCCCAUCUCACCAAACAAUAAUGAGACGCAUUAAUAAAAUUUACAACGAAGUCAGGAGAAAUAUAGAAAAAAGUUUGGAAAACAUUACUGAUGUUUCUAUAACUACUGAUGCGUGGACCUCACUUGCAACUGAGUCGUACAUUACUGUAACUGCCCAUUUUAUUGAUACAAACUGGGAGAUGCAGACAUUUGUUGUGGAUACCAGUGAAAUGGACGAACGACAUUCGGCAGAGAACCUGGCAAUACGUCUGGAGAUGGUGAAGAUGGAGUGGAGUUUGGAAGGAAAAAUUCGCGUCUGUGUGAGAGAUAACGCUGCAAACCAGGUAGCUGCAGGGAGACUUUGCGAAGACUGGGAAGAUUUCCCAUGUUUUGCCCAUACAUUGCAAUUAGCUGUAAAGGAAGGCUUUGCAAUCGAAGAAGUGAAUUUACUCAUCAAAGCUGCUUCCAAAAUUGUCAAAUAUUUUAAGAAAUCUGCGUCAGCAACAACAGCUCUUGAUGCAGCCCAGAUUAAAUUGAAAGUGGAGCAACAUCGCCUGAUCCAAAGCUGCAAGACAAGAUGGAACAGUGUCUACGAAAUGUUUCAGCGUUUGGAGAGCCAAAAGCAAUGCGUGCAAGUAGUUCUGUCUGAUCACAAUAUUGUCAAGCCAACAAAAGAGGAAAAGUUGCCUCUAAGUGUAGUUCAGUGGAACAAAAUUACCUCUCUGUUACCUGUUCUUCAUGCGUUACAAAUAGCAACAACUGCAAUGUCUUCGGAGCAAAACACAUCGGUGUCAUGUAUUCUUCCUGUCGUCACUGGAUUGUUGAAAAAUUUUUUGGAUGUGAAAAUACAGGAUUGGCAGCUACUGCGAGAAUUUAAAAGGAAAGUUUCACAGGUCUUGAAGGAAAGAUUUUUUAUGGAUUUGAAGGGUGAUUCUGUUGCUGCAGUUUCAUCUGCUUCAGACCCAAGACACAAGAACCUCAAAUUCCUGUCUUCUGAAAUGCAAUUUUCUGUUCAAGAGCAUGUGAGGUUUCUGGUCAAUCUUGUCACGACUGAUAAAGAGCCGGUUGUGGAGGAAGAACCUGCUACAAAGAAAUCUGCCAUGGUACUUCUACUUGGAUCAGAUUAUUAUGAUGACCAACAGCUACUACGAGAUGAGUACAGCUACUUUCUUGAGGAACCUGCCAUGCAUCCUAAUAGCAACCCAUUAAUUUGGUGAAAGCAGAAUGCUCAAAGGUUUCCCAAGGUUGCAUUAAUGGCCAAAAGAUUUCUCUGUGCUCCCGCAACUUCAGUCCCCUCAGAAAGAGUGUUUUCUGCUGCAGGGAACAUCGUUAAUAAGAAGAGAUGCAGUCUGCUGCCA